AUGGACCUCGGCGGGAACGGCCAUAUCACCCCACCAUUGUCCACCACGCAACCUGCCGUCUCGCCAUCUCUUGGCGUCAUCGCUCCAUCUCCCCGACCACCCUUCUCCCCACUACUCGGUGCCGCCCCUCGCGAGCCAGCUCAGCGGCAACCUACCCUGGCUGAGCGCCGCUCGGUACGCCUCCCAGCCACCCAGGGACCCCUCUCCUCUCCCUUCGGUGAGCGUGUCCGGCGGGAUCCUCAGCCUACCAACGCCUCGCAGCAGGACUCAACCGAUAGCGAGGUCUGGCCGCGGACGGCCGAUGCCGACGACCUUCAGUCCAACUACUCGGACGACAACCCGGUGGCGAACAAGGAGGCCCAUUUCUUGCAGGCCAUGCGGUCGGCGCAGAGGGCGGACAAGGGGCUGGACGUCGAUGCGAUCGUAGCGUGGAAUAUCGCCGCUGCCCCUCCUCCGAGUGCUCGGGUGGACAUCCAUCUGAGUCCAAGGAAGAGGGAGAAGAGACUGCGGGAGGUCACAUGGCCGUUGGACAGGCAGCAGCGGGCGGUGGCUACGUUGGUGGCGAAGCAGGUGGCGAGGGAGCAUGUUCGCACGGUGGAGCGGACUGCUGCGUUGCGGAAAGAGUAUAUCAUGCUCGACGAGGAGUGGAAGGAGCAUUGCGCGUACCUCGACGAACUCAUGGAGAAGCGCGGACCACCUCCAGACUCGCUCUUUGCGGUCCCAAACGCCGUGCCCGUCGUCACUCCCGGUCCGAUCCCCAUGACGCCUAUACCUAUGACGGAGGACCUCCUCUCUUCUCGCGCUAUCCGGCGCAGAGGGGCCGGGGACGCCGUCACCACCGAGGCGGAAUUCCAGGAAAUUCUCGCCGCGAUGGCGGACACGGCGGCCAAGGACCCCAACUACCGUGCCAGCAAGACGACCGCUGCGGUCCCGGAUAUGCUAUUCCCAGAAGAGCGCAAACUCCGCUUCGAGGACGACAACGAUCUCGUCGAGGACCCGAUCGCCUUUUACGACUUUAAAGGUAUCGCCGAGCCUAUCUGGACGGAUGAGGAGCGGCAAGUCUUUGUCCGGCGGUACCUCAACUUUCCAAAGCAAUUUGGCAAGAUUGCUGAGGCCAUCCCGGAUAAGACGGCCUCGGAUUGCGUCCUCUACUAUUACCGGACGAAGAAGGAGGUGGACUACAAGCAGAUGCUGGCGAGUCGGCGGGGAGUAACUCGGAGGAAGGCGUUGCCGAUCAAGAAGGGGGGCAAGUCGGCUGCGCUCCUGGCGAGUCUGGACCAGAAGAAGGACACGGUCAAGACGACGGCGGCGAGGGCUGUUCCGACGCCUGCCAAAGGGAGAGAGGAGUUGGCUCCCCCGUCGACGACUGCCAAGCGGGGUGGUAAACCAAGGAUGGACCCGAGGAGGAAAGUCGUGGAUGUGCAAGUGGAGGAGCGAGAGGCUGGGGAAGAGGGAGUUUCGCGGGAUGCGUCCGAAGCCCCCUCGGUGUCGAGAAGCAAGGGACGGAUCAGCAUGAAGGGUGCAAAGCGGCCCAGGAUAUCCUCCAUGUCUGUGAACCAGCCGCCUACGCCCGGUGCCGCGUCGACCAUCGGCGACGAUGCCACUCAGGCUGGAAGCACCGUUACAACACCCUCCGAACUCCUUCCGCCUGUCAAGCGUGCCCGGAAAUCCCGCAAAAGCCUUCCUACGCCCGUGCACGAUAUACCAGAGCUCGGCGAGGACGGUCUCCCGAUCUCUACGCCUGCAGUGGACAAGGCUGCCGCAGCUGCCAUCGCUGCUCUGGCCGGCCGGCGCGGAAACACCUCGAGUUACUGGUCGGUCGAGGAGAAGAAGAAGUUGAAGGAGCUGGUCGCAAUGCAUCAGCGGGACUUUCGGGCCAUUGCCGCUGGACUACCUGGAAAGUCCGAGAGGCAGAUCAGUAACUUUGUGCAGACGCACGCGGCAGCGCUGGGGCUGGACCCGGCGUCCAAGCCCGUUGCGCGGUCUGGGGGCAUGCGGAUCUCUGCGUUGCUGAACGACGAGCCA